AUGAUUAUUUCCGGCUUGAUCCAAUUUUCUGAUAAGAUUUACAAAUUUUAUUUUCAUACUCCUUACGUUCUCUCUCAAAUCUUUCUUAUUCUCCUUUUGGCCUUUAUGAAUGUGUCCGAGUGUGGACGAGCGGAUAUUCACGUUGAUAGGAAUACGGAUCUCAGUGGUAACCAUAUCGAGGAAAUCAAAGCAGAAACUUUCCAAAAUCUUUCCAAUUUAACAAUUCUAAUUUUUUAUGCUAAUGACAUCAAGGAAAUCGAAGCAGAUACCUUCAGAAAUUUGUCCAGUUUAACAUAUCUUGAAUUGGCUAAUAAUGAUAUCAAGGCAAUCAAAGCAGACGCCUUCAGAAAUUUGCCCAGUUUAACAAGACUUUUAUUGUAUUCUAAUGAAAUCACGGAAAUCAAAGCUGACACCUUCAAAAAUCUGUCCAGUUUAACACAUCUCUACUUGGGUUAUAAUGACAUCAAGGAAAUCAGAGCAGACACCUUCAGAAAUCUGUCCAGUUUAACACAUCUAUACCUGAGGUCUAAUGAUAUCAAGGAAAUUAAGUCAAACACCUUCAGAAAUCUGUCCAGUUUAACACAUUUAGAAUUGAGUUCUAAUGACAUCAAAGAAAUCAAAGCAGACACAUUCCGAAAUCUGUCCAGUUUAACAGAACUGUACUUGCAUGACAAUAAAAUCACGUAUAUUCAACGCAGUAUCUUCGAAAACCUUCCGAAUUUAGAAAUACUAAAUUUGAGAAACAACCGAAUACAAAACUAUGAGGAUGGCGCAUUCUUAUACCUUCCCAGCAUAACUCAUAUUGACCUCAGAAACAAUAACGGUAUGAAUUGUGGAUGUCACUUGCCAGCCUUUAUAAAUUAUACGAACACAAUGUUCAACAGAAAAGUAAGUGUCGAGGGCGGGUGUCAGACAGAUUCAAGCAAUAACCAAAGCAAAGUAAUACCUAUAAUGGAAUACUCGGAAUGUCAAAAUUACUCGUUAUUUCAAUAGAAUUUUCAGUGUCAAACAUGUUCAAGGAUGAUGUGCAAUGAAUCAGAAGUGACAAACUGUACAGGCGAUGAGCCUGUAUGUGAAAAUAAGAUAACGACGAAUGGCGUUACACUGAUGUUUGAAAAAUCCUGCAGCACAUACAGAAAUUGUCUUGCAGCUCUGAGAAACAAUACCUUUACAUGCAAUAAAUGGAUCAGAGGUGCUUCUUGUGUUAGUUGUUGCACCGGAAACUUAUGUAACAAGUACUAUUUCAUUGACUGGACCAAUUUCUUUGUGUUUCAUCUGAUUUACAAUUCAACAAUUAAGAAACCCAGUGAAUACAAACCAUCUGCUGUAAACGUAUCCAGAGCCAUCGAGUAUGAAUUAUCAAACUUGACAGCUGCGUGUGAAAUUGAACAUUGUCGAUUAAAGGAACAGAAAGAGAUAUUUAGUAUUAAUUGCUCAGUACCAGAUGAGGUUACUAAAGAUGAAGUUUUGAAACAAAUUUUUAAAGCUUUUCAAACAUCACAGACAUUGCGUAAUUUGGGAAUACAUCAAGAUAAUAUGGAGUUAAUCG